CUUUGUGCAAACUUCCUCUGCCUCCUCCCCCAAACGAAUUGUCAAGUAUUCUCCUCUCUCCCUUCUGUCCCAUAGUCCCACUCACUCUUCUUCCUCCAUCGCCCGUCCUCUCUCUCCAUUCCCUCCCAUGAUUGGUAAAACGUGAAAACAAGUCAGAAAGGAAACGAGGAGAGCAUAGUAGUUGCAGUUGGCUGCCACAGUCGAUUCCGGCAGUCUCGAUGUCGCUCGGACCAAAGAGGCAUCACCUAUACUCUAUGGAACUUUCCUUUUAACCCCAAAUUGUUUCGGAAUAUUCCUUUUUCAACCAAAAGUUUACUGUUUGCAAUCUUUUAGAGCUUUCAUAUAUCAGUAUAGAUUUUGAAAUUCUCAAAAUGGCUUGGAUUUUAUACCGAUCUAAGCUGAAACUUCUAUCACAUCAGUUCAAGAGAUGCUACGUUCAAACUCCUUAUGCCUCUUUCCUUAAUUACACUACUAAAAGCUCAAAAUCAUGCCCAUCAGAAUAUCCAAUUUGGGACAUUUGUAAGAAAUCUAUUUGUAGGAGACCCACUGAUUUUUGCAACAAUCUCAGGUUUUUUGCUGCCCCAGUUCAGGUCAAGGCAAAGAAGGAAGAGGACGCCGGUGGGCCACGUUUAAAUGACAACAUCAAAGCUCAGUUUGUUAGGCUGGUAACUGAUGAAGGGCAUGGUGUUGUCUCACUGCGUGAAGCACUGGAAUUAGCAGAGAAACUCAAACUUGAUUUAGUUGAGGUUGAUAGAAAUGCCGAUCCACCUGUUUGUAAAAUCAUGGACUUUCACAAGGAGCAGUACAAACGACAUGUGGUGGAAAAGGACCGUGCUAAAAGCAAGUCAGAGGUGACGUUAAGGAAAGGCGACUGCAAAGAAGUUCGAUUUUCUGAGAAAACAGAACAAAAGGACCUGAAGAUGAAAGCAGAUUCGGUAUUAAGGCUGAUUCAGCGUGGUUAUCGAGUGAAGUGUAUGGUCUUACGUUCAUCAAAGAAGGGCUCUGGUAGAAAGGAUUCUGAUGAUGAAGAUCUAACUGAAGAGGAAAUAGCCGAGAGGAAAAGACAAGAAGAAAAAGAGGAGGAGGAAUCAAAAGCAUUGCUAUCUCGUCUCACUGCUUUGAUCGAAGAUGAAUUUGUUGUGGAGAGUGGACCAAGGGUGGAGAAAAGACAAGCAUUUGUGAUUAUUAGGCAUGCCAAGUUUGGGCCAUUGAAGAAAGGUAGUGCAAAAAAGUUGGAUGCUGAAAAGGUCACCAUUUCACAGCCAACUGCCAACCAUUCUAGUAUGCAUUGUAGAGAGGAGAUGUAUCGUCCAUCACAAGCUGAUUCCCCUAAGAUGAACUUUAAUAUUCCACACGUAUUGCAUCCUAGACCAGUAGAUGAUUCUAAACAAGCAGACAGACUUCCAUCCUCAUCACAACCUUCCCUUGAGACUGAAAACAGGUAUAGAAGAAGUGAACCAAGGGAGCGGUUCCCACCCCCUACAUCAGGGGAUAGUAGGGGACCAGAUAAGACGGAGUCCUUCAGGUUUGGAUCCCAAUUCUCACAUCCAAAUGGGCACACACAGUCAGAGAUAACUGUUGCUCCCUCAGUGAGAGAAGGGAAACCGAAUCAGAUUGAUUCCUUUGCUUUUGGAAACAGAAAGCUUCCUCGGGCUGAAAUGCUCAAGCAAGACCCUAAUCGUCCUGAUGCUACCAGUAGCCAGUCAUCCAACUAUGGAAUAUUUAGCUCCCCAAAUGCAGCUACUCCCAGAAAACAAGGUGUGACAGCAGAAUUUAAUAACAACAGGGAAGGAAUCCCUUAUGAUUGUAGCAAAAAUCCCAACACAGGAGGGUUUGCAGCAGAUCCUAGGUUCUCAACUUCAAAACCCAAUGGUGACCGAAGGCCAGGCGAUGAUGGCAGCAGACAAGGGAGAUGGGGGAGGUUCAGUAGAGAUGGCUCAAAUAUAAAUCCAAAUAGGAUAUCGAAGUAUCAGUAGCAUUUUUUGUUUGGUUAGAUUUGUAUAGCAGCCUUUGAUAUUAGAGCUGCAGAAUCUUUUUUGAUGCAUCUGGCAGAACCAAUUAUUUAUUCGUUUGCUUAAGUAGCAAAUACAUGAAGGUAUUGUUUUAUAGCUGACAGCUAAUUAAACUCAUAAAUGUCCUGAAGGUUAAUGGAGGAUUUUAUUGGUUAUCCAACUUAUUUUUAAAGUA